CUUUCUCGCGGUCUGACUUACGUCGAGUCAAGUUUGUGUUGUGAGGUUAUGUACGACGUUUUUGAAAGUUUGAUAGACAACUUCAAAGUUGUGCUACUGUUUAAAGGCCAAUUUGAAUUUCGAAAGGCAAUUUCCCAUGCAUUUCUUUGCCUCAAGCGCUUUCCCGGACUUGGAAGAAGUCGCCAGGGAAUUGGAAAAAAUCGAGGGCAAAUAUAGCCCAAAAACAACUAAAAAACACUGUAAAAUGCCCAUGGAGUUACGCGACAACUUAACAGUACUAUCAAAGGAAUUCGAUAGCUUCGGUUUACCGUCAAUAGAUAUGGAAAACCCAUUAAUAGAGAUUUUGAAGGAUGUGGUGAAAUGUUCGCGAGACUUGGCACAAAUUCACCGAAAUACCUUAAACAUCAUACAAGAUAAAAACAUACAAAACGUAGUGCAGCGCAACAGGCACAAGGAAUUGUAUGAUAAAUACGACGACUCUCUAUCACAUAUAGAUAAAUUGCGGGAAACUUGCAUGGACAUGAAGAACAACAAACAUUCACUAGUGAAAGACAUUAAGGAGCUGAAGCAGCGUGAUCGAAUACAUCAAGAUGAAAUGGCCAAUCUGAAACGAGUUAAUAAUGCGAAGCUACAUUCUUUGGAACGCAAAGUGCAAGCAUUGAAUGCGGAAAUUGAUCGUUUGAAGGAAUUAUGCGGCGAGGACAUCGUUUCAGAAUGUACUAAAAAUGAACUGGCUCUGAAGUUACUAAAGAAGCACAAAGUCGACGAGGGCAUUUACAAAUCUACCAUCCAUACAUUGCAAGAAAGAAACCGGGAGCUGAGGGAUCAAAUGCUGAAUUUAAAGGAGGACAUUAUUUUAGCCAGAGCGCAUAAAAGUAGUGCUAGUUAAUACAAUGACAUUUUUUCAUUUUUAUUACUGAUUUUAUGUAACUUUCCUCUCAUUUAGACUGUAGACUUUUAUAUAAUGUGAUUUUCAUCAUUUCCCAAUAAAAAUAUUUAAAAUGAA